CGGCAGUGGGGCGCGGAGGAGAGAGCCCGGCGCUUGCUCUGGGCUUGGGGGAGGCGGUGGCGGAGAAGGAGGAGGAGAAGGAGGAGGAGCGGGGCCAGCAGGAGGCAGCGGCGGCGAUCGCGCUGGGGUGAUGGUGCAGGUGCUCGGGGCCGGCGCAGAACUGCCCGGCUGAGGGGCGCCUGGUCCGGGGUCUGCAACGCCGCCGCGUCUCUCCCGGACGCGGGCGGGCGGGAAGAUGCUGAGCAGGUUGAUGAGCGGCAGCAGCAGGAGCCUGGAGCGCGAGUACAGCUGCACCGUGCGGCUACUGGACGACAGCGAGUACACCUGCACCAUCCAGAGAGAUGCCAAAGGCCAGUACCUGUUUGACCUUCUUUGCCACCACCUGAAUCUACUUGAGAAAGACUAUUUUGGGAUCCGCUUUGUGGACCCUGAUAAGCAGCGGCAUUGGUUGGAGUUUACAAAGUCUGUGGUGAAGCAACUUAGAUCCCAGCCUCCGUUCACCAUGUGCUUCCGGGUAAAGUUUUACCCUGCAGACCCUGCUGCCCUCAAAGAAGAAAUAACCAGGUAUUUAGUCUUCCUGCAGAUCAAAAGGGAUCUCUACCACGGCCGCCUCCUCUGUAAAACAUCAGAUGCUGCCUUGUUAGCAGCUUAUAUCCUUCAAGCGGAGAUUGGGGAUUAUGACCCAGGAAAACACCCUGAAGGCUACAGCUCCAAGUUCCAGUUUUUCCCUAAACAUUCAGAGAAGCUGGAAAGGAAGAUUGCUGAGAUUCACAAGACAGAACUCAGUGGUCAAACACCAGCAACAUCAGAGCUGAACUUUUUAAGAAAAGCGCAGACAUUGGAGACCUAUGGAGUGGACCCUCAUCCGUGUAAGGACGUGUCAGGAAAUGCUGCAUUUCUGGCCUUCACUCCUUUUGGGUUUGUUGUUCUGCAAGGAAACAAGAGGGUCCACUUCAUCAAAUGGAAUGAGGUGACCAAGCUGAAAUUUGAAGGAAAGACUUUUUAUUUAUACGUAAGUCAGAAAGAGGAAAAGAAAAUUAUUCUCACAUAUUUUGCUCCAACUCCAGAAGCCUGCAAGCACCUCUGGAAAUGUGGGAUCGAGAACCAAGCCUUCUACAAGCUGGAGAAGUCAAGCCAAGUCCGCACAGUAUCCAGCAGCAAUUUAUUCUUUAAAGGGAGCCGGUUCCGAUACAGUGGCCGAGUUGCCAAGGAAGUAAUGGAGUCGAGUGCCAAGAUCAAGCGAGAGCCACCAGAAAUACACAGGGCAGGGAUGGUUCCCAGCCGCAGCUGUCCCUCCAUAACCCAUGGCCCAAGGCUGAGCAGCGUGCCCAGGACCCGGAGAAGAGCUGUUCACAUCUCCAUCAUGGAAGGCCUCGAGUCCCUGCGGGACAGUGCCCACUCCACCCCGGUACGUUCCUCUUCCCACGGGGACACCUUCCUGCCUCACGUGAGAAGCAGCCGGGCAGACAGCAACGAGCGAGUCACGGUCAUCGCAGAUGAGGCCUACAGCCCUGCAGACAGUGUGCUGCCCACCCCUGUGGCCGAGCACAGCCUGGAGCUGAUGCUGCUUUCCCGGCAGAUCAAUGGAGCCACCUGCAGCAUUGAGGAGGAGAAAGAAUCUGAGGCCAGCACCCCAACUGCUGCAGAGAUGGAGGCCCUUGGGGGAGAGCUGAGGGCCCUGUGUCAGGGGCACGGCAGGCCAGAGGAGGAACAGAGUGGGCAUCUGAAGGGACCACAGCUACAGCAGCAGCAGCAGCAGCAGGGGUGGGGUAAGUCUAUCUCCUUAGACUAGAUCCUAGAGGGCAUCACCAUGAGUUCUGUAUAAUGAACUUAUGCUUCUGCGAUUUUUUUGUGAAGGAUCUCAAACACUCCAUAAAGCAUUAGGUGAAUUCAGUGGCGCUAGGGAUAGGACUGUCUGAGAUGUCAGACUAAGUGAAGUUCGCAGAAACCAGAGCCGAGGUACCUGAGAGACUGUUGAGAUUCAGAAAUCAGUACUUAUUUUGUACACCCCCCUCCUCCCCCAAAAAAGACUAUUUCAAUUUAUAUUUUAACAAAAUGUUAUUUUCUUAUCGAUUCAUAUUUUGUUUUUACUUUAUGGACUAAGAAAAUAGAGCCUGAUGAACUUAAACGAUGCAAGAAAGAAACUGAUCCUGAGAAUGAAAAGCUUCAGAAAAUAGAAUUUCAAGAUCAACAAACAGCCUUGGAAGGGACCAGGAAAAGAAUCUCUUUAAAUAGGAGUUCUAAGAGAUGCCUACAAAAGAAAGAAGGUGAACUUGGCAGAGACCAACACGUAGAUGUAGAAAUACUGCCCCCUAGGGUCAUCCUCUGCACCAGGAAAGUAAAAGUUGUAGGAAAGCAUUAGUUAUCCUUGCCGAGGGAAGCCGUGGAAGCAUGCAAGAAGCACAGCACGUGAAGGGUGAGUGUGGGGUCCAAGGCCCGAGCUCUGCAACUCUUAUAACCACUCACACAAGAUCUUGUUUUCAUCUCAGGGAGAGAUUUCUGAGUCACCUGUGGCCUGAGGACUUAUUUAAGGACAGUCAGUGGACAUGUUUCUGGGGCCCACGUAAUAGUGGAGCAGCUACUGACACUCUAUGAUGCUGGGCUACCCAAAUGCAGAACAGAAUGAGUCAUGUGGAGAUCUGCUUUCCCCUAGUUUGUCCCAAGACAGCAGACCCAUGUCCAUGUGUUGAAUUUGACAGUCAUGGAAUAAAAGGAGUCUUUCUUUUUUCAAGGUAGGGGGAAUGUUGUGUAAUCUUAAAUGCCCUCUCAUCUAGACCAGGGGUUGGCAAACUUCAUCUAUAAAGUGCCAGAUAGUAAAUUUUUUUUUCCAGUUUUGUGGACUAUGCUCCGUGGCAACUACUCAACUCUGCCAUCUUAGCACAAAAACAGCCAUAGGUAAUAUAUAAACAAAGGAAUAAGGCUGGGUUCCAAUGAAACUUUUAUUUAUAAAAACUGAUGGUGAGCUGAAUUUGGCCCACAGGCCAUAAUUUGCCAACCCCGAUCUAGGCAAUAAAACUGCUCCCUACUGGGGUGUAAACAGAAAGAGGGUCAGCUCUGCUCCAAUUCCUAACAUGUGUUAAAGAUCCAGGGUCAUUCAUUUCCCAGUAGAGGCACUGGGGUUGCUUGUUUAAAGGGUGCUCGAACAACCAACCAGCAGAGAUGUCCGAUGCCAACACGAGCAAGAUCAAGGACUGGAAUGCUGAAACAUUGCCAGAAUCAAAGCAUGGCAGACAGCCUGUCCAAUCCUUUCUAUACCAGCAACUAUCUGGGCAGAAUUACAAACAUCUAUUUUCCAAGUGAUGAGACAAAAACUGAGGGAGAUCCUAGUAAAGAUUAGGGGUCACCUAGAACUAAUUAGCCACUGCCACCUGUCAUCUACAUAGGAAAGGCUUUAGUAGCACAGGAUCAGAGGGAAAAGUAGACUCAGAGAUGAAAAAAGGCUGUUGGGAGAUAGGGGGCUGGUUUUAAACCUGGAUAUCUACUGUCUUAUGCAACAUAGCAGAUUACCUUUUAGUGUAGUGUUCCUACCUCAGUCUAGAAUAUGGUGUUUCUAUGCAGUGAGUGAUAGCCUCGACUCUGACCUUUCAUAUUCAUGUUAAAGAAAGAUGCAGUAUUCCAUUUCCUGGUACAUUUCUGUGUCUAGAAUUCUAACAGUACAAUAUCCCAUACCACUUCAAACAGCUGGAUUCUGCUCUCUGACCAGAAACUUUCAGGUUAUUUUUUUUUUCCAGGGCUUAUCCCACAAAAUACAGAUAGAAAAGUUUCCUUCAAUUUGCUUUUAAAAUAGUGCUUGAAUAACAAACCUUUGUUGGUGACUAGUCUUUUUUUGGGUAUCUCCCCAUCAUUAAAAAUUGUUCAGGUUUUUUAUCUCGUUUUACUGUGUUCCACUCUGUCUAUUUUCUCUCAAAAUUAGUUUGAUCUCAUUGUAGAAAAAGCAACGGUUUCCAUAGCUUCAUCUAUCAGAGGAAAUAAAACUCUUACUAAAGAAUAGUGUACUGCAUCUCUAAGCAGUAGAAGGUAAACUACCUGCAAAUGUGAAUUUCUUAGUUUCAUUAAAAAAUAUAGAGUUGUUAACCUUCCGUGUGCCAAAAAUUCUAGGUUACAUUUUCCUUCAAAGCAAUGUACUUUUUUCUACAUAUGCAGUAUGUAGUUAGCAUAAAAUCAUUGGUGCCAUGAAAAUUAUUUUUAAAAUUAAAUAAAUAUUUAAAUAUCAUAGAAGAGUGGACUCUUUUUUUUUUUUUUUUUUUAACUCGCAGCCUGUCUCACUUUCUCCCUCUUCAAGUUAACAACGUAGAUAAAAGGAUACCAGUGGGAUUUACACAGCUGACUGCUGUUCUGUGGCUAGAAUUAUUUUGCUUAUAACAAUCUAUUAUCCUUGUCAUUCUCCCCAAAAUAAAUACUAUUAAGAUCUUAGAAGCUGUUAAGUAUGGAAUAAUUUUAGAGAUGAAUUGGACCUUGUUUUUCUGAUAAGGAAAACCAAGAAAUGAUUUUCCCAAGGUUACACAGUCUUAGAGCCCAGAGGAGAACCUAGAUGAUCCAGCUUCUAGGCCCAUAUUCUUUUUUUCUUUUUGCCUUUUCUAGGGCCACACCCGCGGAAUAUGGAGGUUCCCAGGCUAGGGGUCGAAUUGGAGCUGUAGCCUCCAGCCUACGCCAGAGCCACAGCAAUGCAGGAUCCGAGCUGCGUCUGCAACCUACACCACAGCUCACGGCAACGCCGGAUCGUUAACCCGCUGAGCAAGGGCAGGGACCAAACCCGCAACCUCAUGGUUCCUAGUCGGAUUCGCCACGACGGGAACUACCCCAUUACCUUUAAAAUGAUAUCUAAAAGCUCUGUCCCCAGUGAGGGUUUUUUUUUUUUUUUUUUUUUUUUUUUAAUGACAAAAGUCUUUCUUAAAGUGCAAACCACUGGAUGUGAGUGGCUUCCCCUCAUCCUACAGAUUUACAUCUGUUGCCCUUUGGAUACUCACCUCUGCACAUAUCCUUUCAGGACCCCUGUCCUGACUCCCACUCCAUAGGUUCCUAAACCACAAACAAGCCCCUCUGCACCUGAACACACUUCUGAUUUUAGCUCAUGCCCAGGCUUUCUCUAUAGACCCCUACAACAUGCUGAUGGAAUGGAAUAAAACACACAAAAGAUACUUCAAAAAAUUCUAUCUUUUCAGCCAACUGAACCAAAUUAUGGGUCUAUGCUAUCUUAGGACUAAAACUCAUUACUGGCCAUCAAUUAGGUACUGAAAAGGAAAAAUAAAAAACUAUUAAGUCAGAAGAGACAGCCUAACAGGACACCUAAGUUUUUGGAAUCUGAGCUAGAGCGUAUAUUUCUUCCUCUCAAGUUUACAGAAGGCACAUGUCUCUGCCCUCCCCUUCUUCUUAUGUGCUAUAUAUACAGUGGCUGAAAGUAUUUAAAUCUUUGUAUCCACAGCCCUAAAGCUCCCUGCUUUCCUGGAGAACUACCUUUGCAAAGUCUUCUCUGUGGAAAGGUAACUCAAAGGAAAGAAUACUAAAACAGGUCUUAAGCAACUCAGAGUCUAUCAAUACCUAAUCAUUUGUGGUCUCUCAUAGUCUGACCAAGUCUCUGUCCACCCCAAAUGAGAAACAUCUCCUUCCUCCUUGACAAGGCAUUUAAAAAGGCCAGGCAUCUCUAAGAAAAUAACUCCAGGGAAUUCAGAGCUUACAUGCUUAUGAUUUAUUAUAAAGGCCAACAAACAUAAAAGGUUGGUCCGGAAGGGAGAUAGCAAUCAUAAUAUGCACACAAUUAAAGAAGCCACACAGCUUCAAGCAAGUCUCUUGGAGAAGUGCCUUUCACAACAAAAUACAGUUUAAGGAUAUCCUAAGGGAGACAGCUGUCCUUUGUGUGCUUGCCGGAUUUAAACAAUUGCUCCAUUAUAGAGCUUACCACCAAGAAACAAGUCCCCCACUCAACUCUCCUUCUCUCUUUCCUGCACUCCCUCAAGACAGAACUUUGGUUACAUGGAAUGGGAUAUAAAUAGCACAGCUUAAAGUGAAGCUGCAAAGAAACCACAAAAGUGAGAAACAUCAAGAAUUUGCUAACAUUUAUUGCAGAAGCCAAGUAAUGACCACCAAGUACUCAAAGCUUAAAUGAUGGUACUAAUUUGACAGUAGUUUUCAACAUCUUAAAAAAGGAACAAAUCCCACAAAACUAGCCACUCUAGAACCUGUAAAAUUAAAUGGUAUAGAAAAGGGAAAGGGAGUAUAAAAGCUUCAUUUACUAUUUCCAGGACAGUUUAAAUAUACCUCAACCUCACUUAGCUUUGCUUGGCAUUUCAUAAAUUAAUAUUUUCACCUUGCCUAUAAAUUCCUGUAUUCCUAUCAUCAAGAAAAUAGAGAAAUCCUAUGCCUUAUAAACACCCACAAUCUUUUAAUAAACAAAGCCUCAAAAUUUAGAGAAGGAAAUUAUUUAGGAAAAAAAUGUUCUUCAAGGAAAUGAUACACAUCACUUUAUUUCUAUGAUAUAUAAUUAUGAAAAGAUAAUAGUUCCUCUUAGAAAUCAAACAUAUUGCUGCAGCUAUUUACAAUACCCUUUCAGUAGUACUUUGACAAUGAAGAACAAUGAAAUAAAGUUGGAUAGGUAAUGUCACAGGGUGAUAGUAGUCACCGAUUUAGUAGCUUCCCUUCCAGCAACAGACACAUUCAAAUUG